CCCUGCACCUUUCACCUCCUCCCUACCCAUUCCCGUCCAGUUCCUUCCAGUCCGCGAUCCCAGCCGCCUUCAGCCAAUCCGCAAUCGUACUCCUUAUACCCGCGUCAUCCCCGCCCAGGCUUCGCCCCCACCUCCGAAUCCCGCCCCACCAGGCCCUGGAUCCCUGGCAGGACCAGCUCUAGAAGCAGAGUUGUCUCGCGAAGAAGGUGAGUGAGCCACGAGAAAUUCCGGUAUGCAGUGAAGCUAGCGCGGUGUGCAGUGAAACUAGCGUCCGGGCUAGCAGUGUCCUGCGCGGCGAGACGGGGAAGGAGGGCGUCGCGCGCCGGCGGCAGGGAAGAAGAGCCGGUCUGGAUUUCCUUAAGGAAUAGGACUGUCACUCCUGAGCCGGAAGCGCGUUGGAGCUUGCGUGGGUCGGGGCUCCAGAUCCAGCCUCCUGAUCCGGACCCCAGGUCCCGGCCCUGGCGGACCUCCGGGGAGGCUGCAGGAGGGCAGCGCUGGAAUUAACGGAGUUUCCUCUGGAAAAGGGAUGGCACCAAGCAUGUUUUGGGCCCAGAGGAGACUCUGCUCCCUUGGCAGUAGAGCUAAAUUCCUGAAGAUGAUUUAUUCUCCAAAAAUCUUCAGACUCUCCACUUCUGCUAGAAUGUCUUUGAAAUUUAAAAAUGCGAAACGAAUUGAAGGCCUUGACAGUAACGUGUGGAUUGAAUUUACCAAGUUGGCCGCAGAGCCCUCUGUUGUGAAUCUUGGCCAAGGCCUUCCAGAUAUCUCCCCGCCUGAGUAUGUGAAGGAAGAAUUAUCAAAGGUUGCAGCUAUGGAUAGCCUGAAUCAGUAUACACGGGGCUUUGGUCAUCCAUCACUUGUGAAAGCUCUGUCUUGCUUGUAUGAAAAGUUUUAUGAAAAUCAGAUCGAUCCAUAUAAAGAAAUCCUCUUGACAGUAGGAGCCUAUGGGUCUCUUUCCAAUGCCGUUCAAGGGUUAAGCGAUGAGGGGGAUGAAGUCAUAGUGAUAGUACCUUUCUAUGACUGCUAUGAGCCCAUGGUGAGAAUGGCCGGAGGAACAACUGUUUUUAUUUCUUUAAGAUCUAAACGUAUUGAUGGGAAAAAAGUGGUCCAGUUCUGACUGGACAUUGGAUCCUGAAGAACUGGCCAGUAAAUUUAAUUCCAAAACCAAAGCUAUUAUACUAAAUUCUCCACAUAACCCCUUUGGCAAAGUGUACACCAAAGAGGAACUCCAAGUAAUUGCUAACCUUUGCAUCAAAUAUGACACGCUCUGCAUCAGCGAUGAGGUUUAUGAAUGGCUUGUGUAUACUGGAAAUAAGCAUUUAAAAAUAGAUGCUGAUCAUUACAUGGAGUCACAAAUGUGUUUGGGCGUGUGUGGGACAACUAUUGGAAAGGAUCCCAGAACAGCUUUAAAAUAAUCUUUGUAAUGUG